AUGGCUGCAUCACCAUCACAAUCUCCUCCAUCUGAUCAUCAACAGAAUCAGUCGUCUUCGAGUGAUGAUGACGAAACUAAUACUCGUCGUGAUGCCGAUAUACGUGCACGUGAUGCAUUUGCUAAACGUCUUCGUGAACGUGAUGAUGAUCAAACGAAAAAGAAAUUCAAAGCUGAACCUGUUUCACACGAAUCAGAUCGGUCCAAAUUAUCGGUUGAAGAAUUACGUAAAAGAUCACGGCAUGUUUAUUUAAAGUCACGAAAAGAGAAAAAAAUUGAUGAACUCGAGCAAGAACUUGCUGAUGAAGACUAUUUAUUUAAAGGCGUUAAAUUAACAAAACGUGAAGAAGAAGAUAUUAAAUUGAAAAGAAUCGCAUUAAAUUUAGCACGCGAACAUGAUCAAGCUCAACAAAUGGAAAAUGUCGAUCGUUAUCAUAUGCCAACUGGUAAAAGUGAUGAAACAUCAAAGAAUGACCGUUACCGAGAAGACAAUCGUUAUUCUGAUGCUAAAGCAAAUGGACAAUCGGGACAAAAUUUUGAACAGAGAAAAUGGGAAGAUGAAGUUAUUCAUACAGCUUUACCUCAUUUUGGUUCAUUAGAUAAAGAUGCUAAAAGUAAACAACCGAAAUAUGAUUAUAUACUUGAUGAAGAAAUUCAAUUUGUACAACAAUUAACAAUACCUGGCGUUAAUGAAUUUUUACAGCAGAAAGAAAAAUCAAAAUUACAUGAACAUGAAGAUGAAAAUAAACGCAAAUAUCGUACAUUACUAGAAUCACGUAAAACAUUACCAAUUUAUAAAUUUCGUGAAGAUCUCAUGAGUGCAAUACGUGAUCAUCAAGUUUUAAUUAUUGAAGGAGAAACUGGAUCAGGAAAAACAACUCAAUUAACUCAGUAUCUAUUCGAAGAAGGAUAUUGUGAAGCCGAUACUGAAGAUGAAGACGAAGUAGAAGAUGGUGAUGAUGAUGAUAAUAUUAAAUUACCCGAUGGCAAAAAGAAAACUAAAAAGAAGAUGAUGAUUGGUUGUACUCAACCGCGUCGUGUUGCUGCUAUGUCUGUUGCUGCACGUGUUGCAGAAGAAAUGAAUGUAAAAUUGGGUCGUGAAGUUGGUUAUUCCAUUCGUUUUGAAGAUUGUUCUUCCGAGCGAACAAUAAUAAAAUAUAUGACUGACGGCAUGUUGCUAAGAGAAUUUCUCGGUGAACCAGAUCUUGCCUCAUACAGUGUUUUAAUUGUGGAUGAAGCACAUGAACGUACAUUACAUACCGAUAUUUUAUUUGGUUUAGUUAAAGAUAUAGCACGUUUUCGACCGAAACUUAAAUUAUUAAUUUCAUCAGCAACACUUGAUGCUGAAAAAUUUUCACAAUUUUUCGAUGAUGCGCCAAUAUUUCGAAUCCCUGGUCGUCGAUUUCCUGUUGAUAUCUAUUAUACAAAAGCACCCGAAGCUGAUUAUGUCGAUGCAGCUGUUGUUACUGUUUUACAAAUUCAUGUUACACAGCCAUUAGGUGAUAUUUUAGUUUUUCUUACCGGUCAAGAAGAAAUUGAAUUGGCCAAUGAAAUGCUACUUGAAAGAACUCGAAAGUUAGGAACGAAAAUCAAAGAAUUAAUUAUUUUACCUAUUUAUUCAACGUUACCAUCAGAUAUGCAGAUUCGAAUAUUUGAACCAGCUCCACCCGGUGGACGAAAAGUAAUUUUAGCAACAAAUAUAGCCGAAACAUCAUUAACUAUUGAUGGUAUACAUUUUGUAAUUGAUCCCGGUUUUUGUAAACAAAAAACUUAUAAUGCACGAAACGGUAUGGAAGCAUUGACAAUAACACCAAUAUCAAAAGCAUCAGCUAAUCAACGAGCUGGAAGAGCUGGACGUGUUGCACCUGGAAAAUGUUUUCGAUUAUAUACUUCUUGGGCAUAUCAACAUGAAUUAGAUGAUAAUAGUAUUCCGGAAAUUCAACGAACAAAUCUAGGAAAUGUUGUUUUACUACUUAAAAGUUUAGGUAUUAAUGAUUUGGUAAAUUUUGAUUAUAUGGAUCCGCCUCCAAUGGAAACGCUUCGUUUGGCCUUCGAACAACUCUAUGCUCUUGGUGCAUUAAAUCAUAAAGUUGAAUUAACCAAAUUGGGUCGUCGUAUGGCUGAAUUUCCUCUUGAUCCAAUGUUGUCAAAAACAAUUCUUGCCAGUGAAACAUACAAAUGUUCAGCUGAAAUUUUAACAAUCGUUUCUAUGUUAUCUGUUAAUAAUUCAAUAUUUUUUCGCCCAAAGGAUAAAACACUUCUGGCAGAUACAGCUCGUCAAGCAUUUUUUGUUCCUGGUGGUGAUCAUAUCACAUUACUUAAUGUUUACAAUCAAUGGAAAGAUACAAAUUUUUCGACACAAUGGUGCUAUGAAAAUUUUAUACAAUUUCGUUCGAUGAAUCGCGCACGACAAGUACGAGAUCAACUUGAAACACUGAUGGAACGUGUUGAAAUCGAGAUACUAUCCAAUCCAGCUGAUACAAUCGGUAUACGUAAAUCUAUAUGUGCUGGUUUCUUUUAUCAUACAGCAAAAUUUUCUAAAAAUGGAAUGUAUAAAACAAUCCGUCAUCAACAAAGCGUAUUGAUACAUCCAAAUAGUGCUUUGUUUGAUCAAAUUCCACGUUAUGUGAUUUAUUUUGAACUUGUACUUACAACAAAAGAAUAUAUGAGACAAGUGAUCGAAAUUGAAAAUGAAUGGCUACGCGAAACAGCACCACAUUUUUAUAAAACAAAAAAAUUAGAUGAUGAUGAUAAAGUAAAAAAGAUGCCUAAAGUUUUAGGCAAAAUUAAAGCUGAACUUGAAAGAAAUUAUUCGUAA